AUGUCUUUGCCGCAGAGGCCGGGGAAAAUAUCCCCGCGGCGCGAUGAAGAGCGCACGGUCUUUCGAGAGCCUUCUCGGCGACGACGUCGAGAUAGCGAUACGGGAGGGUACAGCGACGACCCUUUGAGUCCGUCGUCGGGCCAUCGACACCGCCGUCAUCAUCAUGGCCAUCAUCAUUCGCACAGUUCACGCCGGAAUCGAGAUCCAGAUGAAGAGAGACAACUGCCGGAGGGGGAGUUGAGGCGCAAAAGGAGUUUGGUGAAACCGGAGCGCAGUCGCAUCGAUCGCGACCAUCCGAAUUACCACUACAGAAAACGAGCCCAGAAUAUGCCCACGUACCCUUCGACGACCGGGAAUGAGCCGAUCACUGAACCACUCACUGAAGCGGAAAACGAAACCGACACAAACGGGCCCAGGAGCGCGGAAGUGAGAACAAAGGACGUAUUGUCGAGCGAACCAGGAAAUAUCAACAAACCCAUGGAGCGGCUGCCGAAUCGUCGUCGUUCGAAGAAAAGAAGAUCAUCCCGGAAGAUUUCCAAAGCAGACGCGGAAGAGAGGAGGCGAAGAAAGGCUAUGGAACAAGUUCGUCCACCCAGUCCGUGGAGCGCAUACUGCGCUGUGAUUACUUUUUGGGCCCCGGAUUUUGUCUUAAGGUGCUUCGGAAUGCCGCAGAAAGAGCAGCGCAGCGCGUGGCGUGAGAAAAUGGGCCUCAUCAGUGUCAUUCUACUUAUCGCAGCGUUCGUCGGAUUCCUCACCUUCGGUUUCACAGCAGCAGUAUGUGGGACACCACCGGUUCGGCUUAAGGUCAACCAGGUUAGUAGCAACUACAUGAUUUUCCAUGGGAAGACCUACGACCUAACCAAGUGGACACACCCGGCCGCUGCGGGUAUUCCCGCCGAUUCCAACGUAUUAUAUGAUCUAUCGACAAAGUAUGGAGGGGAGGAUGGCAGUUUUCUCUUUCAAAAGGUCAACGGGGCUUGCAAGAACCUCAUCACUCUCGCCGAUGGAUCCGACGUGCCUUCAAACUCCAAUGGAGAUUUGGGCUGGUAUUUUCCUUGCAAUACAUUUAAACAAGAUGGAUCUUCGGAUCCAAAUAUGACCAUGCCAUUCUACCCUGGCUGGGGUUGUCACACAUCUGGAACAGCUCGAAAAGAUUUCUAUGCCUUACCAAGCUCUGGAGAUGUGUACUAUACAUGGGAUGAUACCAAAAACAAGAGCAGGAACCUGGCGGUUUACUCCGGAGAUGUUCUGGAUCUUGACCUUCUGCGUUGGUUCAACACUUCGCAGGUCCAAUAUCCUGCCAAGUUUGAUGAAAUUCGCCAAAACCCCAACGUGCGUGGUGUCGACUUGACUUAUUACUUUCAGAGCGGCGAAGAAAAGAAGAUUGGCAAGUGCCUGUCGCAGAUCAUCAAAGUUGGCAGUAUUGAUACCGAUACCGUUGGGUGUAUUGCGUCCAAGGUCGUUCUUUACGUGUCUUUGAUUUUCAUCUUGUCCAUUGUCAUCGUCAAAUUUGCCUUCGCUUUGCUGUUCCAGUGGUUCUUGGCCCCUCGUUUUGCUGCGCAGAAGACGAGCAUGGGUACGGACUCCAAGUCCCGAAACCAGCAAAUCGAGGAUUGGUCGAAUGAUAUUUACCGACCUGGUCCUCGUCUUGCGGAUCCUUUGUCGGAUCGAAUGAGCAAGCGGGCUAGUUUCCUGCCUACCACUUCUCGGUUCUCCAGCCCUUAUACUGUCAGUGCUGGUGGUAAGCAACGACCUCAAUAUGUUACGAUGGCGAGUCAGAACUCUACUUCUCGACUUGUUCCAGGUGGUGCAACUGGCUCUAUAUACAAGCAAAGCCAAAACAGCAGUGGUGGAACAUUGAGUGCAGAGCAGUCCCGCCAAAACCCUGGUGCUAGCAGGACAAGUCUGUUACCCCCGGGGCAAGACUCUCAUUACUCAAACGCCGUAACAAACUCAGAUGGAAUUGGACCAGCUGGAUUUAUUCACGAAUCAGUCGUUCCUCAACCACCGCCCGAAUGGCAACCGUACGGGUAUCCCUUAGCUCAUGCUCUGUGUUUGGUGACAUGCUACUCCGAGGGCGAAGAUGGUAUCCGCACCACAUUGGAUUCUAUUGCCAUGACCGAUUAUCCGAACAGCCACAAGACUAUUGUCGUUAUCUGCGACGGUAUGAUCAAGGGAAAAGGAGAAGCAUUUUCCACUCCGGAGAUUGUUUUGGGCAUGAUGCGCGACCACGUUGUUGCCCCCAAAGAUGUUGAGGCAUUCUCUUAUGUCGCCGUAGCUAUAGGUUCCAAGCGACACAACAUGGCCAAGGUCUAUGCUGGAUUUUAUGACUAUGGCGAAACAUCGAUUAUUCCACCAGAGAAGCAGCAACGUGUCCCGAUGAUGAUUGUUGUCAAGUCCGGCACUCCUGCGGAGUCAACCCAGGCUAAGCCGGGAAAUCGGGGCAAAAGAGACAGUCAGAUUAUCCUGAUGUCCUUUUUGCAGAAGGUCAUGUUUGAUGAGCGAAUGACGGAGCUGGAGUUUGAAAUGUUCAAUGGCCUCUGGAACGUGACUGGCAUUCCGCCAGAUUUCUACGAAGUUGUCCUAAUGGUUGAUGCGGACACCAAAGUCUUCCCUGACAGUUUGACCCAUAUGAUAUCCGCGAUGGUCAAAGACCCUGAGGUCAUGGGAUUGUGUGGUGAGACCAAGAUCGCAAACAAAACCCAGAGCUGGGUGACUAUGAUCCAGGUUUUUGAAUACUUUAUUUCUCACCAUCAGUCCAAGUCGUUCGAGUCGGUCUUUGGUGGUGUAACCUGUCUACCCGGAUGCUUCUCCAUGUACCGGAUCAAGGCUCCAAAAGGAGGCCAGAACUAUUGGGUUCCCAUCCUGGCCAAUCCGGAUAUAGUGGAACACUAUUCAGAGAAUGUGGUGGACACCCUCCACAAGAAGAACUUGCUUCUUCUAGGUGAAGACCGAUACUUAUCCACUCUGAUGCUACGAACCUUCCCCAAGCGCUCGCAGAUCUUUGUACCCCAGGCCGUCUGCAAAACGGUGGUACCAGAUCAGUUCAUGGUUCUUCUGUCUCAGCGACGUCGCUGGAUCAACAGUACCGUCCAUAACUUGUUCGAACUGGUCCUAGUCCGAGACCUGUGCGGAACAUUCUGCUUCAGCAUGCAGUUUGUGAUCUUCAUCGAGCUUGUCGGUACUCUGGUUCUCCCAGCUGCUAUUGCGUUUACAUUCUACGUUGUCAUCUCUUCCAUCGUUAAGAAACCAGUACAAGUUAUUCCGCUGGUUCUUCUGGCGCUGAUUCUCGGUCUUCCUGGUGUUCUGAUCAUUGUGACUGCGCACCGGUUGGUGUAUGUGCUUUGGAUGCUCAUAUAUCUCAUAUCGCUGCCAAUUUGGAACUUUGUUCUCCCCACCUACUCGUACUGGAAGUUUGACGAUUUCAGUUGGGGAGACACGCGCCAGACCGACGGGGCGAAGGAUAAGGGGCAUGAGGCCGGUGAAGGAGAAUUCGACAGCAGCCAAAUCACGAUGAAGAGAUGGCGCGAUUUUGAAAGAGGUAUUUGCUCACUCUCUCAGCAUGAGGAAACCCGCUAA